CUUCCCAUCUUCUCCAGAUCUCUCCACAGCCAUGGAAAAGGCAAUCAAGAUCAUAAGAAGCUCAAUUCAUUCCUACUUCUGCAACUACCAGACCUUUGCCUCCCUUGCAACAAUUCUCAUCUUCCCUGCCUCUGCUGCCACUCUCCUCUCCACAUCUCUCAUUCCUUUAUAUUCCCCCACUUCUUCUUCUUCUUCAUCAUCAUCAACUCAUCUUACUUCCAUCUCUCACCGCCUUCGCUCGCUCUUUGAAGCAGCAAGCUUCCCUCUCAAUUCUCACCUCUUUGACAUUCUCUGCCUCAAGCUCUCACAAACAAUCCUCUCCUUCCUCCUCACUCUCCCCUUCACACUCACCUUCUUUACUCUAUCCAAAGCAUCCAUCAUAUUCGCCGCCCGCGAAUUCCCUCGAUACCGCCAUGCCUUACCUUCCCUCUCCUCAAUCCUCCAUCUUUACCCUCCUCUUCUACUCACACAUCUCUUCACCAUCUUCAUCAUUCUCUCUGCUAACGUAGCUAUCUUCUCAAUGUUCUUAAUAGCAUUCUUCGCCGUCGGUGAACUCGGCCUCACCUCUAGAACUUCAGUUCUAAUGCUAUCAGGGCUUGCCACCAUACUAUACUCAACAGUCGUCGCAAAUGUAUUAGUGAUUUGCAAUCUUGCAAGCAUAGUUUCAGCAAUGGAGAACUGUAGUGGCUACACAGCAGUUCUGAAAGCUUGUGUGCUAAUCAGAGGAAGAGCUGCAGUUGCUUUAUCUCUGGCAUUCUGUUCAAAUUUGGUCAUGGCUGCAACAGAAGCUCUAUUUCAGAUUAGAGUGAUGAGGAUAUAUAACCAACAUGGAAUAUUUGAUCUGUCUCUUAUGUUUGAGGCUUUCACAAUAAUUUAUAUGUACUCCAUUCUCAGUGUACUAGAUAUUAUCAUCAGCUGCUGCUUCUACAAGAGUUGCAGGUAUGAAUUGUUAGUAAAAUAUGAAGGUCAGAUUGCUAGAGUUAGAGAAUUUGAAUCAGAAGAGAAGAACGAUCUGAAAGCUUGAUGUAUCAGUUUGUUUUCUGAAGAAAUGUACAGAAGUUUUUACGA